AUGAGCCGCCACGCCCAGAGCCACCAGGCCUACCCGGCCUAUCCCCCCGCCUCGCCCUCGCAGCAGCCCUCGCAGCAGCCCUCGCACGCUGCCCACGCCGCCGAUGCAAACUCGACUGCUCGCCGCGACCCCUUCUACCCACCGCGCCCGCAGCACGCCAGGCACGCCAGCCAGGGACUGGCGGGAGGAAACAAUGCGCCCCAAGGUCAGGCAGCCGAGGGGCACGGGCAAGGACAAGGGCAGACAGCCUGGCCCAACACAGGUACGGACAACCGCUUCACACCCAUUUGUUCAGGCGCGCGCAUGCUGGCGCAGAGACCGUGGCCGCUGCAGCUGGGAGACGCCGACUGCAGGCGCAGGCAGGCCGAGGUGCAAGAGACGGCCAUGCAUGGUAACAGCGGGCGGCGACAUGGAGGGGCGUCGACAAGCCGGCCAGCGACUCGAUAUGCUCGGCCAUUGCCUGCAUGA